AUGGGUAAAUUCAAAUAUGAAACACCAGCAUUGGUGCAGCGAAUUGGUACAUGGGUUCGAAACCGUACUAUGAAAGAGAAGCUGUGUAUGGGUGCCAUUGCUGCGGUUGUAAUGCUUGUUUUGUUAAAAGUAUUGGUCAAAGAUCAUGCACAUUUUUUUGUUGCUGCUCAAACUUCUCAUGCUGUUGGUAUCUUACUCUUGAUUUACAAGCUCACCAUCUCCAAGACUUGUUCUGAUUACUCCAAUAUCAAUGGAUUAUGUGAAAUUGCUCUUGUAUCAGCAAAAAUACUAAUGUCUAUCACUAAGGACUCAAGAGCUUACAGCUAUAAAUCUAUUUGUGAGACUCCUAUCCAGCCUUUCAAUCCGAGGGCAAAUACAUGUUGUACUCGAUUCCCUGAACCUUGUAGCUACUUUGUGGGUGAUGUAUAUGAUGCGGUUCAAGUUGAAAUCAACUUACCUGCAAGAACUAGACAAUAUGCCCCUGCUCUACGUGUACCUAAAACUAAUCAUGGAAUGAGCAAAUAUCAUACUAUGCAGUAUGUUCUGUACAUAAUUAUUUUUGAAAAACCUUUCAGGUUUUCACAUUUGAAAACUGCUUCUUAUAUGUCAUCAUGUUCAACAUUAGCUCCUUGUGCUGUUGCUGCAUUAUUAGCACAUCCUACAGGACCUUUUCCAUUGCUUAUUCGGUGGAUGUGGUCAUUCUGCAUUUCGGUUGAAGCUGUUGCUGUUCUUCCCCAGCUUCGUUUGAUGCAGAACGCAAAGAUGGUUGAACCUUUCACAUCCCAUUAUGUGUUUGCCUUGGGCGUCUCAAGGUUCAUGGGAUGUGCUAAUUGGAUAAUUCAGCUUAUUGAGACCAGAGGCGUUCACCUGAUGCUUAUAGGACAAGGACAUAUCUGGAUACUGUUGGCUCUUGUUGCUGAAUUGGUUCAUACAUUCAUCUUGGCUGAUUUCUGUUAUUACUAUGUUAAGGGUGUCAUGGAGGGGCAGACCAUAAUGAGCCUACGCUCAUUAGUUUGAAGGUUUGGAUACAUACGUGGUUGCUAGCUUGUUACAAUAAAAGUCUGGUUGAAGCAGUAAGAACAAAAACCUGUAAGUCAAGAAGGAAGGAAAAUAUAUAGGAGUAUGACAACUUUCUUCCCUGUUAUUGUUUUUUCAAAGGGGAUUGUUCGGACUCCUCUGAAGUAUUGUUGCUUUGACGGGACUUGAUUUUACUAACCAUACAACAAAGCUUUCAUUGUUGGGGCAUCGCCCCUCUUGUUCACCAAAAAAUAAAAAGCCUUACUUCACUGUCAUACGAAGUUUGCACAAGUAGAUUCUUGAAUGUAUCUCAUAUAAGGGUAAUUAUUCAUUUGUUUUCGGCGAAAAUUGUCCAGGUAGUAAAGAGCAACAUUACUCUAGACUCUAGUACAACAACAAUAGAGAGAAAAGUUCUUGA